UCGAGAUUUUAGAAACAAAAGUAUUUACCUCGAUCACUCUAUUGUAGAUUGCCCAGAAGAAUUUGGUAAGUGCUAUGAUCUGGAAUUCAUGUUUGUUGACAUGUCCUGGACUGACUCUGAACAAACCUGCCGAGACAAAAAUAUGUCAUUAGUAACUAUACAUACAGCACUGGAAUUCAGCUAUAUGAGGCAGCUUAUCAUCGACCUCUAUUCUGUUAACUAUGAUAACAUGAGAUAUUAUAGACCUAGCAUACCAGAGAUAGUCAACAGCUUCAUUGGUUUGCGUCGCUAUGAAGAUACGACUGGGGUACACCAUGAACACUGGAUUGAUGGCACCCCAUUAACAUAUACGGCUUGGUACGAGAAUGAGCCCUCAGAAAUAUUUUUCAAGCCGUGCUCAAUGAUGCAGUUGAUACCAGAUACGAUAGAAAAGGAGAAUAAUAUGAUGACGGUAUCAUGUGAUCAAACAAUGUCCGACAUUUUGCUGAUCUGCGAAAAAAAGAGGGAUGCUUUUCUUCCUGAAAAUGAAAAGCCAACAGUUAAUUUUGAGGAGUGUUAUACAUCAAAUGCAAAGGGCUACAAUGGAAACAUUUCUGUAACACAUAAUGGAAGACAAUGCCAGAGAUGGGACUCGCAGUUUCCGCACAAGCACAAGUUUACAAAUCCCGCUCUUUUUCCGGAUAAAGCAAUUUCAGAUGCUGCAAACUUUUGUCGAUCACCGGAUAGUAAGCUUACACCUUGGUGUUUUACGGAAGAUCCGUUAGUUCCGUGGGAAUAUUGUGGUAUACAUUCUUGUCUAACAGUUUCAGCACCACAGAAAGACCUUGUAACAUUGUUUCAGUGCGAUAGUGGAGAAUGGAUGAGUUAUACCGUUAAAUGUAAUGGUUAUAUUGAGUGUUUGGAUAGCUCCGACGAGACAAACUGUACUGCAGACAAGAGUAUUUGUAACAAUGACGAAUUUAUGUGUGACAAUGGCCGUUGUAUAUAUGUCCAUCAAAUUUGUGAUUUCAAACCGGACUGUGCUGAUGCAUCAGAUGAAUUCUGUGAGUUCCCAGACUGUUCUGCAGAUAGUGAAUUUAGAUGUUUAAGUGGUCAAUGUAUAUCAAAUGAAAUGAGAUGCGACUCGAUUAAGGAUUGUGUAGAUGGGACUGACGAGGAAUUCUGUGAAAAAUGCAACGAAAACCGAGCGUUCCAGUGUGGAGACACAAAAUGUAUAUCAAAGCGUCUGGUAUGUGACACGUACGUUGACUGUUUAGAUGGCGGUGAUGAGGCUUCAUGUGAACAUAUAUAUCAGACUUGUGACGACGUCAUGCUUGAUGGCCUAACUGAAGAUGGAAUCUAUCUUAUUGGUGUUGAUUUGCUCCGAACACGAUGCAAGUUAAAUGCAACAACUGGGGAGAUACUGAUGGAAUUUCUAAAUACAGGCUGGUACAAUAGAGGAAAUGGCGAGUAUCAACUUAAUACUCCCGGGAAGUCGAUAGUUAACAUUGCUAUCAAUAACGGAUACAAAUGCUAUCAACAGAUUAAUGAAGUUCCUCAUCGCAAAAGACAAAGGGCUAUGAUGAUAGAAAAUACAACUAUACCAAUAAGAGAACAUCUUUAUACUCAUGGUGAUUUCACAAUAUAUGAAGGGCCAGGGGAAACAAACUUCACCUUUGUAGAUCAUCGGAUUCAUGUAAAAGACCAUUUUAAUAGUUUUGAAAACAGAAUUCAAAUUAAUAAUGUCAAAUGCUAUAAAGAGCUUACAAAAUGGAACGAAAGAAUUCAUUGUUCAAAAGGCAAAUUUAUUGACCCGGACAAAAGAUGCAUUUACGAUCGUGAUGAAAACGGAAUAAUAACUGGCUGUCGAUCUCUGACACAUUUACAGAAAUGCGAAAAUGUGACCUGCCCACGUAAUUCAUUUAAAUGCCCAGGUAGCUAUUGUAUUCCUUUGAAGUAUGUUUGCAAUGGCUUAAUAGAUUGUCCAAAUAGCGAAGACGAACAAUAUUGUGAAUGCAAAGGCAAUAUUAAGAGAGAAGUUGUGAUUAUCACUGAAAGUUCUGAUUUGUUACCAUACAACCGCGCUAAUAUGCUCUUUCAAACUGCUACCAGACUUGGUGGAACACUUUACUCCAAAUACAGAAAUGUGAAAACGUUACAAGUUCGCUUAUCACGGGAUCAGAAAGAUGACAAUAAGUAUUAUUUUGAAAGUUCGACUAUCAAAAGCAAAAGUGAACACCCAAGUCAAUUGUUUGAAAGAAUUGAUAAUGAGGCAAACGAUACUUUUCUUGGACUGAAAGAUGCAGACCAUGCAGCCAUUAUCUGGUUAACAGAUGUUGCGGACUACACAGAAAGUGAAGAAUACACAUUCAAUCUAUUUGGAUUGUCAAAUACUUCAGGACAACCUUUGAAAUAUCGCAUUGUCGUCGUAGGACACACUGCAUAUAAAGUGGACAUUGUCAAUAAUGUUACUCAAUUGAUGAUAAGAGACAUAAAUAUUCUUGGCACACUGGGAGCAACCUUGUUUCCAAGUAUUUGCAAAGGUCAACCUGUUCAUUGUAAAGAUAGGUAUCGAUGCAGUUUUAGUAUGGUAUGUAUUCCACACGAACAAGUUUGUGAUGGUAAACAACAUUGCCCAUAUGGUGACGACGAGGAGCUUUGUGAGUUCAAAUGCCCUGAAAUAUGUGUAUGCAAACCUGGUAUCAUAAUAUGUACUGACGUUCAUACAAAUAAUCAGACAAUCCGAAAUCCCGGCCUCCACUCGUAUUUUAGACCUAAGUAACACAACAAAACUUGGAGCGACUAUUCUAACGAAUUGGGACAUCAAACAUUUAGCGCUACUUAUUUCACUUAACAUUUCAAAAUGUGGUAUAAGUGAAAUAUCUGAAUCGUCAUUUCAACAAUUUACCAGUUUAUUGAGAUUAGAUAUUAGCUAUAAUAAAAUCAUAAGGCUAUCCCGCGAUACUUUUAUUCAUUUGCGUCAUUUAAAAGAGCUUUACAUGUCUGGAAACAAAAUGUUAAGAGUUUUAGAACCUGGAGCUUUCAACGGUCUGAAAAUCAAGUCACUUUCUAUAAACAAUGCCAAUAUUGAACGUUUAGACGCAAGAACAUUUGCAGGAUUAAAUCUUGAAAAUCUUGAUUUAGCAUCAAAUGGAAUAAAAGCUAUU